AUGCUGGUGAGCUUUCUGAUCCAACUCGAUGACUCUGGAGGGAAAAAGAAGGCGCACAGCUCCUCAGAGGGCAUUCAGCUGGAGGAAAAACCCAACAAAGAGUCUCCUGGAGUGGAGGCUAAAGGCCCUCUGGACCCUCCCUCAGACCUCCACCUGCUGAGGCUGGUGCUGGAGGAGGUGAAGGCAGCUAAACGUCAGAACAACGGUCAGGAUAAAGACCAGAGGAAGCCCGGAUGUUACCGGACACUGGCCAAAGCCAUCGACCGGGACGAGAAGCUCCAGACUGUAACGAACUACAUCUGGACUCAGAAGAGAUGGAAGAAUGAACUCCUGACGUGGAAUCCUUCGGACUUUUGUGGGAUAGACAUGCUGACGAUGCCGCUGUCCAAGCUGUGGGUCCCAGACGUGGCCAUCCAGGAGGAGUAG